GAGUGACGCAAUCUGACGUGAGACAAUGCACGCUCUCUACAUAACAGCCCGGAAGUUUCUGAAGAAAUCUAUUAAGUUUUCACGUUUUUCUCAGCACCAAGCUACCUAGAACAGAUGGCGGGGUUCGAUCUCGUGCCUGUAGAUGGUGGCAGUCCAAUACACCUGCCCGAGGGGGAGACACUGCUGGGAAGGGGUCCAUUCCUUGGCGUCAGCGACAAAAGAGUCUCCAGACACCACUGCCUCCUUGAGAACCUGAAUGGGCAGCUGCGCAUCAAACCUACGCAUGUGAACCCCUGCUUUUGUCAGUCCUCACUGGAUGACCUCCCACAACCCCUGGACAGGAACCAGUGGCAUGAACUUGGACAGGGAGACAUCAUCUCCCUUCUUCCUGGGAAGUACAUCUACAAGGUGGUGGCUGUGGGUGGAGAAGAUGGAACACCCAGAAACAGUCAGGCUCUUCAAGAUGAAGACGAGGCUGUUAUUAAGUCUCCUCCUGCCUCCCCUGAACCAAGCGACGAACCUGCUUACCCCACUCGACAGGACAAGGGGUGGACACCAAGCUCCCAUGAACAACAAUCUAGACUGGGAGGUAGUGUGGACCAGAAGGAGCCAGAUGAACAGCUACCUAACCCACCUACCUCAAACCAGACAGAAGCUGGGGUAACUGAAGCAGAAAAUGACAAGAACGAGCCAAAACUUGAACCAAAGAAAAGAGUGUUACCUGCUUGGAUGACUGUACCCAUUGUAUCUCCCAAGAACCCCACCACCACCACCACCACCAAAGGAUUUGGAAAUCGAGCCAGAGGAACCGCAACCCCAACGACAAGCACCAACCAGGGCGCGGCCAAACGGGCCAGGUACACAGCGCCCUUGUCAGGGGAGGACGAGUCUGAACACAGCGAGGCAGAGCCAACACCCAGGAAGAGGGUGAGGAGGAAGAAGAGUGACGAGGAUGAGGACAAUGAGGAAGAGGUCCAGUCUACAACAGCAUUUAAAGCCAGGCAGCAGGUGAAGCCUAGUAAAGUAGAGGAGAGCGUGGAGUCGGACCACUUUGACGUGGAGGAGGACGAUGGAGAGAAGAGAAGAGGAGGAGAAGCUUCCACAGCAAAUGUCAGCAGCACUUCUACGAGCAGAGCGGAGGCCAGCGAGUCCGAGGACAGGGGGAGAGAGCCUCAGAAGGUCGGCAAGGGGCCUCAAGGGUCAGGUGACGUUUCAGGCCCCGCCCAGUCCAAAGCUCGGCUCAGGACGACCUGCCCCUAUGGAAAGGGCUGUUACAGAAAAAACCCAGUCCACUUCCAAGAAUGCAGUCACCCCGGCGACAGCGACUACGAGGACAGUUCCGCGAAAGAUGAGGAGGAAGAGGAGGACGCGGACCGACCUGAGUGUCCGUACGGCACAGACUGCUACAGGAAAAACCCUCUCCACUGGAAGGAAUACAAACACACCAAGAAGACUCGAGCGCAAAAGCCGGUAUCAUACAACGACGAUGAUGAUGAUGAUGAUGAGUUUGGGGGCGAUGACAGCUUCAUCAAUGAUGAGAGCGAGGACAUUGGUGAAGACUCUGACUAUGAGCCACCUGACUCAGACGACAGUGGCAAGGAGGACCUCAAAACACUCACGAAAGAAGCCAAGGCCUUCACAAGGCCGAAAUGAACUAGUGGCCUAAACUGGACUAAUCUCCCCGUACCUGUUUUAAACUAAGCGUGCUAUUUAAGCGGAGUAUACCUUUUUUCCUCUAUUCAAACACCCUUGGAAUCCAGCAGGUCUACAAUCUCGAAUAAUAUUAGUCUCCCUGUGCUGGUAAAAUACAGUCAGCAAUUUACCCCAUCAGUUGGGAAGAAUAACGGGAUUCUUGACUGAUUUGUGUAUGAGGAUGUCAUAUUGCUGACUUUACCUUUUAAAAAGUGAUUAAAUUUAUGUGUGUUACACAAUGACACUUUCUUGGAUAGUAAUUAAUCACAAGCAUUUUUGAAGUGUAGGAAUUCUUGGUUAUUGGUUUGUUUGAAUAGUAUGGACAAGCAGUUUUAAAUUGUUUUUACUUCCUUUUAAAAAUAAUUUAUCAGUGCCUUCAGAAAGUAUUCACACCCCUUGACUUUUUUUCACAUUUUGUUGUUACAAAGUGGGAUUAAAAUGUCAUUUUUUAGUCAACAAUCUACACAAAAUGUUUUGUAAUUUCAAAGAAAAAUAAUCAGUACAUGUUAAACACCUUUGGGUGUGAAUUGUUUUGGGUAAGUCUCUAAGAGCUUUGCACACCAGGAUUGUGCAAUAUUUGCCCAUUAUUCUUUAAAAAAUAAUUCAAGCUCUGUCGAGUUCAUUGUUGAUCAUUGCUAGAUAGCCAUUUUCAAGUCUUGUGAGAUCUUCAAGCAGAUUAAAGUCAAAACUGUAAUUAGGCCACUCCGGAACAUUCAAUCGUCGUCUUUCUGAGCAGCUCCAGUGUAGAUUUGGCAUUGUGUUUUAGGUUAUUGUCCUGCUGAAAGGUGAAUUAGUCUCCCGGUGUCACGUUCCUGACCUGUUUUCU